UAUAACUCUCUUUACUUUGAGUUCUUCUUUUGUUGUUAAACAACAAGACAUGGACUUACUGCAUGUUCUCAUCUUGUUCUUGUUGUGUUUUACUGUUCUUGGUUUGCAACAAGAUGAGAGGCUUAUUAGUUGGAAUGAUUUGGUUUUGAAUGAUAGAGUGAGUUCAGAGAGUGAAUCAUUGAGAAACAGAGUGAUUUCUGUUUCAAAGGAUGGGAAUGGAGAUUCAGUUACUGUUCAAGGAGCAGUUGAUUUGGUUCCUCAUGGGAAUAAUCAAAGAGUGAAGAUCUUUAUAUCACCAGGAGUUUACAGAGAGAAGGUUUUAGUACCAAGCACAAAACCUUACAUUUCCUUCAUCAGUAAAGGAAGCAGUGAAACAGUUAUUGCUUGGAAUUCUCAAGCAUCGGAUCUGUUAUCGAAUGGACAGACAAUAGGCACACUUAAUUCGGCUUCGGUUGCUGUCGAAGCUGAUUAUUUUUGUGCUAAUGGUAUCACUUUCAAGAAUACAGCACAAGCCGCGCAACCGGGAGCAGUAGGAAUGCAGGCGGUGGCGCUUAGACUAUCGGGCGAUAAGGCGGUGCUAUAUCGAUGCCGGAUAUUGGGGAAUCAAGACACAUUGUUUGAUCAUCAAGGCCGGCAUUUGUUCAAACAAUGUUACAUAGAAGGUUCCAUAGAUUUUAUAUUUGGAAGUGCAAGAUCAUUGUAUCAGGGAUGUGAAUUGCAUGCUGUUGCACAGAGUUACGGUGCAAUUGCUGCGUCGCAGAGGAGUUCGCCUUCGGAUGAUUCGGGCUUUUCGUUUACUGAUUGCAAGGUUACCGGCUCGGGAUUAGUGUAUCUUGGAAGAGCUUGGGGAAGGUAUGCAAGAGUAGUGUAUUCAUUUUGCCAAAUUGAUGGAAUUAUACUGCCUCAAGGAUGGGAUGACUGGGGUGAUCCUUCGAGGAGAGGGACAGUGUGGUUUGGAGAGUUUGAGAACACGGGGAGCGGCGCCAAUUUGAGCCAACGGGUUCCAUGGGCAAGAUCACUUAAAAAUGAUGAAGCUAAGCCUUUCCUCGAUCAAAAUUACAUCGACGGUGAUCAGUGGGUGAAGUUGUAGAGUCUAUUUCCAUGUUUAAACUUGCCGUGUCGUGAAAAACACAGUUUAAUAGGAUUAAAUUAACCGAUGAACAUAUAUCUGCUAACUAUGAAUUGUCAGAGCAGUUACUGAUAUAGUGUGUGCAGAAAUGAUGAGAAGUUAUUUAAUGUUGCUGAUGAGAGGAAAUCAUUCAUAGGAUUCAGAGUUGUUCAUUGUGAAAAUGAAAGCUCUUCUGAAAACAUCAACAUCUUCAGAAGGCACGCCUGUUUGAAAAAAGACGAUUAAAAAUACACAAUUUACAUAACAAAAUUGUG